AUAUUUAGCCCUAAUUUUAAAUUUGUUGCCUCUGUCUCCUACUAUUUUUGUUAUCAACGGAAAACGAGAAUCGUGUGGUUGAACUCUGCAACUGCAAAUGAGUGCUUGCAAAACCCUCACGUGUUUUCCACUCGCUUCUUCUUCUUCUUCCUUCUUCAAACGAACCUUUAUCGUCCCACAUCAACGUCUAACCCUCACUCGGAAAUGUUCCACGUCAGCCCUAACCGCGGAAGAAUCCGAACUCCAAUCUCUGACCGUCCAACACCUCCUCACCAGCCCCGACGGUGUCUCCACGCUCAUGAAGAUGGACCGCAAGCCUCUUCUCCCUCACCAAUCUCAUGUGCCUCGCUGGUUCCCCUACCUCGAUGCCUUCCGCUGUCAAAACGGCACCGUUUUGACCAGCGCCGAGGUCGUCGAGGUCCUCGCGCCCUGCAUAUCGGAGGACCGGUGGCGGAGGUUUGGGAGCGUGGUUCGGAACCGGAGCUAUUCCGUCUGCCUUGUCGUCGAAGGGCUCUGCGACUUUGGCAACGUCUCUGCUGCUUUCCGGUCCGCCGACGCGCUCGGCGUUCAGUCCGUCCACGUCGUGUCGUGUGACACCAACAAAAGGUAUAAGGAUAAUCGACAUGUAAGCAUGGGUGCAGAGAAAUGGUUGGACAUUGAGCUGUGGGAUUCUACGAAGGAGUGCUUUAAAAUGUUAAAAUCACGUGGUUAUCGAAUUGCCACUACUCAUGUGGGAAUGGAUGCGGUUUCUAUUCAUGACUUAGACUGGUCGCACCCAACUGCAAUCGUGGUCGGAAAUGAAAAUAGGGGUAUUAGUGAUGAGGCAUUGGAGUUGUCAGAUUUGCACUGCAGUAUUCCAAUGGCAGGAAUGGUGGACUCUUUCAAUGUUUCAGUUGCUGCAGGAAUCCUCAUGCAUCAUGCUGUUUGUAAUAGAAUAUCUCACAUGGGCCAUCAUGGUGAUCUGACUGUAGAAGAAUGCCAGAUUCUACUUGCAGAGUUUUCACUCCGCCAUAGCAAAAGUUCGAUCAGUAUUGUGGAGGAUUAUGCAACGCGUAAAGCAGCAACAUUGACCUAACAGCAACAACAGGAAGUCAAAAUUCUUCUGAUUGUGUGCUUGUUUGUCCUCGACAAGGAGACAAACCAGAUACUAGAUUGUUCUGAUUGAUUCCGACAAAGUAGCUUAAGCUGAAACAUGGUGGGCAAGGCUCGCAGAUUACAAUGGGGACCUUACCAACCACCCGCUUGUUUAAGAGUAUAGAUUAUUUCCUUAACCAAUGUACUUAGAAACGGGGAAUGAUUCCAUCCAAAUUGUAAUGGUAUUUUCUUUAUGUGGAUUUUUCUGGGCAUUACCAUGUCUAAUGUAUUAUUUGGAUGAGAGUAGAAAAUGAAAAGUGAAUUUUUUUUA